GGCAAGGGGGCGGAGCUGUCCCUGGACAGCUCAGGCCUGGCUUGGAUGUGGCAGAGGCGGCAGUGGGAGACCACCCCUCGAGGGGAGACCGACGGUAGGGCGCGGCGGGGAGGGGCGGGGUGAGACUUGAAUGCUGUAUGCCAGGAGCUCCAGGCAUCGAGUCCACCUGCCCGCCAGCUCGUGCUGUGGUCGGUCUGCGGGGCCCGCGCCGGCCCAGGCCCAUGGCGGGGUCGGGGGCUCUGUCUGCGGCGGCGGCAGCAGCGGCCCUGUCGGGCGUGGCAGUGCGGCUGGCGCGCUCAGCCGCGAUACGCGGCUCCUAUGGCGCCUUCUGCAAGGGGCUCACGCGCACGUUGAUCACCUUCUUCGACCUGGCCUGGCGUCUGCGCAUGAACUUCCCCUAUUUCUACAUCGUGGCCUCGGUGAUGCUCAACGUGCGCCUGCAGGUGAGGAUCGAGUGAACGCCCACUACCACCUCCAUCCGGGAGCGAUGGCAGGAGCAUCAGCAUGAAGGAUCAUGGGGCCGGGGGCCGCCGGGACGUGCCGGGGAAGGGGCAGCCCGGGCCUCUAAGCCCUAGACCUCCGCGGAAGACGUAGCCACCGAGCCCCGGCUCCGGCCAGCCACGUCGCGGCUGGUGACAAACUGCACAGAAAACUAGCAAAAAGGGCCCUUUCCGUCUAACUCAAGAAAAUUAUCUGAGUGCAGCCGACCUGUUGCCUCACUUUGGCUGAAGCGGGGAGCAGAAGGAAGAAAUUCUUCAUUAGAAACAUGAAUGACUGACCCUGACCGAAAAGGCUGACCUCCUGCUAGGAUCACACAGGAGCAUCUGCUCUGGAUGGGCCUGCAGCGGUCCUGGCUGAGCUGCUGACUGGUGCACCAGGAGCGGCACUGAGCGGGGGAGCCUCACCCCCAUCCCAGAUCCACAUCUGCCCCCUCACUGAUUGCUCGCGGUCCUGGUCCUCAGUUCCUGGGACUAAGAACCACAGCAGCCUGGUUGCCCCUGGGACAGAGGGGCUGAGCCUCACACCAUGUGCCCUUCUCAGCCACCCAGGUCCCAGCUGAAGAGCUCUCCCUGCCUCACC